GUGGGUAAAGUUGGGAGUAUAAAAAGCUGCGCCGCUGAUGAAGCACCAGGCCGUGCCAGUGCGCAUCAUCAUCAACAUCAUCCAUCCACCGCACGCUUCCCUUCGUUUAACACACACACUGAGGGAUCCUGUGAGACGAUGCAUCUGCCUCACACCCUGGUGUACCUUUGCCUGUUGAUCGCUUUGGGUCCAGUCGGCCUGGGAGAUCAGACCACGCACCAGCAGGCGCCCACCGCCGCCGCUCCAGCCGCGGCCGAAGCUGCUGCCGUCCCGGAGGAGGCGGAGCAGUGCUCCUCUUGCGAGAUCCGCCAGCAGAUCAAGACCAUGAGGCUAAACGCGAUCAAGUCUCAGAUUUUGAGCAAACUGCGGCUGAAACACGCGCCGAACAUCAGCCGCGACGUGAUGAAGCAGCUGCUGCCCAAGGCGCCGCCGCUGCAGGAGCUGCUUGACCAGUACGACGUGCUGGGUGACGACAAUCAAGAUGGACUUAUCGAAGAGGACGACGAGCACGCGGUGACAGAGACGAUCAUGUUGAUAGCUACCGAGCCCGACUCAGUGGUCCAGGUCAACCGGACGCCGAGGUGCUGUUUUUUCUCCUUUAGCCAAAAGAUUCAAGCCAAUCGCAUCCUGCGCGCCCAGCUCUGGGUGCACCUUCGCGCCUCGGAGGAGGACACCACGGUGUUCCUGCAGAUCUCCCGCCUCAUGCCUUCCACGGACGGGAGCCGACACAUAGGGAUCCGCUCGCUGAAGAUCGACGUGAAUGCCGGGGUCAGCUCAUGGAAAAGCAUAGACGUCAAACAAGUGUUGAGCGUGUGGCUGAGGCAGCCGGAGACCAACUGGGGCAUCGAGAUCAACGCGUAUGAUGCGGAGGGAAACGACCUGGUGGCCACCUCCGUGGAGCCCGGGGAGGAAGGACUGCAACCCUUCAUGGAGGUCCAGGUGUCCGAGGGCCCCAAGCGCACCCGGAGGGACUCGGGCCUGGACUGUGACGAGAACUCCCCCGAGUCCCGGUGCUGCCGCUACCCCCUCACAGUGGACUUUGAAGACUUUGGCUGGGACUGGGUGAUCGCGCCCAAGCGAUACAAGGCCAACUAUUGCUCCGGGGAGUGUGAGUACAUGUACCUGCAGAAGUACCCCCACACCCACCUGGUGCACAAGGCCAGCCCCCGGGGCAACGCUGGGCCCUGCUGCACGCCCACCAAGAUGUCCCCCAUCAACAUGCUCUACUUCAACCGCAAGGAGCAGAUCAUCUACGGCAAGCUGCCCUCUAUGGUCGUAGACCGCUGCGGCUGCUCGUGAGUGAG